AUGGCGUUGCCAGGAAGCCAUGGAUCCAUAAUUUUUAUGGUGCAGGCUCUGCUCCUGGCUAUGACGUGUGAUUUGAUGAGUAAGCAAGAGAUUCACAGAAGAUCUGCUCGAUUAAGAAACACAAAAUACAAGUCUGCUCCAGCUGCUGAAAAGAAAGUUUCCACUAAAGGAAAAGGGAGAAGGCAUAUUUUUAAGUUGAAAAAUCCCAUCAAAGCUCCAGAGUCUGUAGCUACCAUUAUUACAGCAGAAUCUAUCUUCCAUAAGGGAGUUUACUAUCAGAUUGGAGAUGUUGUUUCAGUGAUUGAUGAGCAGGAUGGUAAAACAUACUAUGCUCAGAUUAGAGGGUUUAUUCAAGACCAAUACUGCGAAAAAAGUGCAGCUUUAACAUGGCUCAUUCCUACUGCAGCUAGCCCCAAAGACUGUUUUGACCCUGCAACUUACAUAAUAGGGCCAGAAGAAGAUCUUCCAAGAAAAAUUGAGUACUUAGAGUUUGUUUGUCAUGCGCCUUCAGAAUAUUUCAAAUCUCAGUCCUCUCCUUUCCCUACCAUUCCUACUAGACCAGAAAAAGGUUAUAUCUGGACUCACGUUGGACCUACCCCAGCAAUUUCUAUCAAGGAAACUGUUGCCAGCAGCUUGUAGUGUGUCUUGCUCUUGAGAGACUCCUUUUUAUGUAUAUUAAUUUUCACAAAUGUUUAUGUUUUAGUAUAUCCAGCUAGGCCUAUGAGUGACUUUUAUUUAUUAUUUAAAUUUGGGUGCCUUUUUCAAAAUCAAAAUUUCUUCACGUUAUUUGAAACUUGUUUUUCUUCUCCUCUGUCAAAAGUAACUUCUCACAUGCUUGUUGAGUCUAGUGAGAAGCUGUACAUUUUGUAUUUGUUCGUAUUGCUUUAUACAAAAAUAAAGUUAUUGACUACCUUUCUUCACAAAAAAGCCUGUUGUCACUAUCACUGUGAAAAA